AUGCCACCGAGGGAAUUCGCCUCCCGGAAUAUCCGGUGCUGCACGUUGGUCGGCCAUGUCGACCACGGCAAGUCGUCGUAUGCCGACUCGCUGCUUGCCGCGAACGGGAUCAUCUCAAGCAGGUCCGCGGGCCAAGUACGCUACUUGGAUAGCCGCGCAGACGAGCAGGAGCGCGGGAUUACGAUGGAAUCGAGUGCCGUGUCCUUGACCUUCAAGCUACGGCGCCUUACCGCUGACGACGAGGUAUCAGAAAUUGAAGACUACACGCUGAACCUUAUCGAUACGCCCGGGCACGUUGAUUUUUCCAGCGAAGUAUCUACGGCGUCGCGACUUUGCGACGGUGCGUUGGUCAUUGUCGAUGUCGUGGAAGGCAUCUGCUCGCAGACGGUGGCUGUUCUGCGGCAGGUAUGGCUCGAUGGUCUGCGGACGGUGCUGGUGCUGAACAAGAUGGACCGCCUGAUUACGGAGCUGAAACUGACACCCGACGAGGCGCACCAUCGCCUCAUGCAGCUUGUCGAGCAGGCCAACGCUGUCAUUGGCGGCUUCUAUGCCGCCGAGCGUAUGGAGCAGGACCAGCGGUGGCACGACGAGCGCGACCGCCUGCUUGCCGCACGGUCCGAAGGCGGCGAAGACGAUUUGCCUGCGUACCGCGAAACCCGCGACGACGAUCUCUACUUUGAUCCGCCGCGCGGAAAUGUGAUUUUUGCGAGCGCAAUCGACCACUGGGGAUUUCGACUGGACCGCUUUGCACAGAUGUACGCACGCAAGCUCGGGAGCAAGGAGGCCACCAUCCGCCAGUUUCUAUGGGGCAAUUUCUACCUGGACCCCAAGACCAAACGCGUGCUUACCCAGAAACAGAUGCUUAAAGAAAAGCGCAAUUUGCGUCCCAUGUUUGUCCAGUUUGUCUUGGAGAAUAUCUGGCGCAUUUACGAGCACACGGUCGAGCUCCGGGACCAGGACAUGGUCGACAAGAUCAUUGCCGCGCUCAGCCUCACGAUCCACCCACGCGACCUUCGGUCCAAAGACAAUACCGCGCUUAUGCAUGCCAUCAUGAGCCAAUGGCUCCCUCUUUCUCCGUGCACAUUCGGCGCGAUUGUACACAACCUGCCUUCGCCUGUCGAGGCACAGCCCGUGCGUGUUCCCCACAUGAUCCGCCUCGAUAUUGGCUACUUUGCGACGGAGGAGGAGCUUGCGCCGCACAGUGACCUCGAGCGCGACCUGUUCGAGGCGCGCGCCGGGGAGGAUGCGUCGCUUGUCGUGUACGUGAGCAAGAUGUUUGCCGUGAGCGCCGCAGAUCUGCCAGAAAACAAGCGCGUGCAGCUCUCGGCGGACGAAAUGCGCGAGCGCGGACGGGCGCUGCGUGCGCAAAACGAGCAAGUCCAGUCGGCCAUGGCCGCAACAGGUGCCAGUGCCGCGCCCCCCGCGCCGCGCGACGAGCACCAAGAGGCGGAGACGCCCGAUGCUGAGAUAGUGCUUGGCUUUGCGCGCAUCUAUAGCGGCUCCCUCCGCGUGGGCGAGACGGUAUGCGCGGUGCUGCCCAAGUACCGUGUCCAUCUCCCGCCAAGCCAUCCGUCCAAUGCGCCGUUCUUGCGCGAGACGAGGAUCGAUGCGCUGUACAUGAUGAUGGGUCGUGACUUGAUUGCCGUACAGCAAGUGCCCGCAGGCAACGUGUUUGCCGUCGGUGGACUCGCCGGCACCAUCCUGCGCAACGGAACACUGAUGCGGGGUACUGACGAAGUGGUCAACCUUGCGGGCGUACGCCGCAAUGCGACGCCGAUCGUGCGCGUCGCGCUCGAGCCCAAGAACCCCGCCGAGAUGCCGAAACUAGUUGAAGGUUUGCGCCUGCUGAACCAGGCCGACCCCUGCGUAGAAGUCAUGGUCCAGGACAAUGGCGAGCAUGUGAUCCUCACCGCCGGCGAGCUGCACCUCGAGCGCUGCCUCAAAGAUUUGCGCGAGCGAUUUGCGCGGUGCAAAAUCCAGCAGUCGCCGCCCCUCGUGCCGUUUCGCGAGACGGGAGUGAAGGGCACGAAUAUGCCGCCGCCCAAGACAGAGGGCGCGGCGCGCGGCACGAUCCAAGGCACAGCUCUGCAAAACCAAGUCCAGUACACGAUCCGCGCCGUGCCCAUGCCCGAGGAGCUGGUCGAGUUUUUGGUCGUGAACCAGCCGACCAUACGGCGCCUGCAUCGGAGCCGGCGGCACCUGUUGGAGGAGGAAGAGGAGAUUGUGCCAGAGGACCACGAAUGCGGCGACGAGGACAGGCCCAAGGCGCGUCGCGUGCCGAUGCGCCUUUUUUGGCCCGCCUUGGAGCAGCUCCUGCACCAGCUCGGUCCGAAAUGGGCGGGCAUCGCGGACCGCAUCUGCGCGUUUGGCCCACGGCACACGGGCCCGAAUCUGCUAGUGGAUUUAAGCGGGCAUUUCUUGCGCGGAGGGGUGCGGCAGCGCACCCAAGACCCUUUGCAUGCCGUUGGAGAGGUACAACUGAACGACACGCUCGAUCGCGAGCUGUCCGAUGCCGUCGAGCACGGCUUCCAACUCGCGACCAGCAGCGGCCCACUCGCCGCAGAGCCCAUGCAAGGCAUGGCCUUUUUUGUCGAGCACGUAUCGCUCCACCAAGACGCAGACGCGCCGCGCCCAAAGAUGGCGCAAGUGGCCUCUGCGCUCAUUUCUGGCGUGCGCGAGGCGUGCAAGCAGGGACUGCUUGAUUGGUCGCCGCGCCUGAUGCUGGCCAUGUACUAUUCCGAGAUCCAAGCUACGCCAGAAGUGCAAGGCAAAGUGCACGCGGUGCUUUCGCGCAGACGCGGACGCGUACUGUCCGAGGAGAUGAAAGAAGGCACGCUCUUUUUCACGGUAGGAUCGCUGCUCCCUGUCGUGGAGUCUUUUGGUUUUGCCGACGGUACGUUGCCUGUAUGCUCACGCAGAAAUUCGAAAGCGCACCUCGGGCGGCGCGAGUCCGCAGCUGCUCUUUGCGGGGUACGUUGCCGCACGGCUCACCGCAGCUUCCGUCUAUUUGACAUGGACCCGUUCUGGGUUCCCACUACAGAGGAGGAGCUCGAGGAUCUGGGCGAAAAAGGCGAUCGCGAGAAUGUGGCUAAAAAGUACAUGGAUAUGGUACGGAAACGCAAGGUAUGUACGGGACAAGGUGACGAGCCGCAGGGCCUCUUUACCACGCGCCGCCUCGUCGCGUCGGCAGAAAAGCAGCGCACGCUGAAAUCGAAUUAG